UGCAUGAAGUAAAUGCAAAACCAACUACUAACAAACCCUACUUAGUCAUCAUUUUUCCCCCAUACGAAAUCCCUAUAUAAACCCAUCAUCAUCUCCCACUUUUCUCACAUCCAACAACAAAACACAAGCGUAGAAAACAAAACUCAACUAAUUGUGUUAUCACCCAAAAGAGAAGAGCAAACACAAUGGCUUUCGCUUUGAGGUUCUUCACAUGCUUUGUUUUGACAGUGUUCAUCGUUGCAUCAGUGGAUGCAGCAAUAACAUGUGGCACAGUGGCAAGUAGCUUGAGUCCAUGUCUAGGCUACCUAUCAAAGGGUGGGGUGGUGCCACCUCCGUGCUGUGCAGGAGUCAAAAAGUUGAACGGUAUGGCUCAAACCACACCCGACCGCCAACAAGCAUGCAGAUGCUUACAGUCCGCUGCAAAAGGGGUUAAUCCAAGUCUAGCCUCUGGCCUUCCUGGAAAGUGCGGUGUUAGCAUCCCCUAUCCCAUCUCCACGAGCACCAACUGCGCCACCAUCAAGUGAAGUGGGGAAUAACGACAUCAUUUGCCUGAAGAGUAUGGUUUCGUAUACGUAAAAUAAGACGGCUAUCUAAGCUGAUAUUUACCUUGUCUUUGUUUGUCUUGAUGGCUUUGUAAUCUUUUGCUUUGUUAUGUUGUAUACUUGUGUCUUAACAUGUUUAAGAUAUGAUAAUAUAUAGUAUCGGUACCUUAUUAAUCACCUUCUCUUUAUAGUUUAUAUAUCUUUCCGCCAACGCACUCAUACGUAAAAAUCAUAUAGUGAAGAGUCUUAUAACCAAUAAUAUUAAGCUCUUUUUAAACAACAAAAACC